AUCUAUAUUCAUAUAUUCAUCUAUUCGUCUAUAAAUUUAUUUUUGUUUAGUUUGUUUCUGGGAGUUUCUCAUAUAAUCACCUGUGUACACGGGGACUGGAAGGUGUGUACUGAUUUCUCCCCACCGGCGACCGUGGUUUUUAUUCUUUUUCUACUAUUUGAGGGAUUACUCUUUGCUUUGUUUACUUCUAUAAUGUUUGGGACUCAGGUAUCGGCUAUCUGGUAUGAUGAAACUGGUAUAGAAGCAUUGAAGAAAGAGGAGGCCAGGUGGGUGCGCAGAAGCAGGUGGAAAUCUAUUCAAGCAGUUUUUGGCAGAUUUAGUCUUGAAUGGUUUUCACCAUUUACACCUCUACGCAGUCCAACCAAACAGCAUGGAACUGGUGAAUUGUGCACUGAACUGAACAGUGGAAACUGUAAACCAGGAGUAUAAAUUAAACAUAGUACAGUGUGCCAUGUACAGUUUUCAUGUAUUAACUUUUUCUGUACUCGGCAUGUACAUUUAUAAUCUACCAUUCCAGCCAAAUUUCAAUCCGUUAAUAUACUCAUUUUAUUUAGAAAAAGUAACUAAUAAAUCAUCACUUAUGUACAUUGUACAUGAUAAACUCUCUUU